AAAACGAUGGAAAGACCUGAUUUAUGUAGCAAUUUUUGCGACUUUCUCGAUCCAAAUCAUGUUAUCAUCGGCGGCGCCUUCAAUUUCUUUCCCAUUCUACAACGGCAACCACAACCACAACCGCAACCUCAAUCACAAUUACGGCAUUGCUCCUCCUCGAUUCGUAAUUCGAUGUGCAAUUGCGUCAGCUUCUUCCCCAAAGAAGAAGUUGUGGAAACAAGGUGAGCACCCGGGCCAUGUAUCGGAAAAUUCAUCCAACAGAAGAACGCCGAUUAAGAACAUUAAGAAGAAGCUCGACCGUAAAGCUAACCUUAAUCCUUGGGUAAAUACGGUUACUGAAGCCUUAUCUGAAUCCGUCGACGUAAAACAGUGGUCAAGAGCUCUACAGGUAUUUGAGAUGCUGAAAGAACAACCAUUUUAUCAACCCAAGGAAGGAACUUACAUGAAGCUCAUCGUUCUACUUGGAAGAUGUGGUCAACCAAAACAUGCCCGCCACCUGUUCGACGAAAUGAUCCAAGAGGGACUAGAGCCAACAUCACAACUCUACACAGCCUUACUCGCUGCUUAUUGUCGAAGUAAUCUAAUAGAUGAAGCAUUCAAAAUCCUCAACCAAAUGAAGACCCUUCCUUUAUGCCAACCAGAUGUUUACACCUUCAGCAUCCUAAUGAAAGCUUGUGUUGAUGCUGCAAGAUUUGAGCUUGUCGAAUCCAUUUACCACCAAAUGGAUGAAAGAUCCAUCACUCCCAACACUGUAACACAAAACACAGUCUUAGCUGGAUAUGGGAAAGCAGGGAAAUUUCAAGAAAUGGAAAAGGUGCUUUUGAGUAUGCUUGAUAGUGAUACAUGUACACCAGAUGUCUGGACAAUGAACACGAUUUUGAGCUUAUUUGGCAACAUGGGUGAUAUCGAAUCAAUGGAAAAAUGGUAUGAAAAGUUGAGAAACUUUGGAAUCGAACCAGAAACACGCACUUUCAACAUUCUAAUAGGUGUAUACGGGAAGAACAAGAUGUAUGACAAAAUGUCAUCUGUAAUGGAGUACAUGAGGAAGCUUUCAUUUCCAUGGACAACAUCCACCUACAACAAUGUAAUUGAGGCGUUUUCAGAUGUGGGUGAUGCCAAGAACAUGGAAUACACAUUUAAGCAAAUGCAAGGAGAGGGAAUGAGGGCAGACACCAAGACUUUUUGCUGUUUGAUUAGAGGGUAUGCAAAUGCAGGGGUGUUUCAUAAGGUGGCAAGUGUUGUGGAGUUAGCUAAUGAAAUGGAGAUUCAUGAGAAUACAAGUUUUUAUAAUGCGGUGUUAUAUGGUUGUGUAAAGGCUGGUGAUUUGAUGAAGAUGGAGGAAGUGUUUAAGAAGAUGAAACAGGAAGAAUGUAGGCCUGAUGCAGUGACUUAUUCUAUAAUGAUGGAAGCUUAUAAAAAGGAAGCCAUGGAUGAUAAGGUGCAUGAUUUAGAACAGGAAAGACUGAAGAUUGGUGUUUGUUAACGAGGGAAAGGUUUUGUAUAAAUGUAGAUGGUUUUGUUUAGGAU